GAGAGCGCGCGCGCGCACGUGUGGCCCGGACGGAGAGAGGCAAGGUCUGGGGACUGCGGGAGCCGGACUAAAGGAAUGGGUGAAUUUAAGGUCCAUCGAGUACGUUUCUUUAAUUAUGUCCCGCCAGGGAUCCGCUGUGUGGCUUACAAUAACCAGUCAAAUAGACUGGCUGUUUCACGAACAGAUGGCACUGUGGAAAUUUAUAACUUGUCAGCAAAUUACUUUCAGGAGAAAUUUUUCCCAGGUCAUGAGUCUCGUGCUACAGAAGCUCUAUGCUGGGCAGGACAGCGACUGUUUAGUGCUGGACUCAAUGGAGAAGUUCUUGAGUAUGACUUACAGGCGUUAAACAUCAAGUAUGCUAUAGAUGCCUUUGGAGGACCUAUUUGGAGUAUGACUGCCAGCCCCAGUGGCUCUCAACUUCUGGUUGGCUGUGAAGAUGGAUCUGUGAAGCUAUUUGAAAUCACCCCAGAAAAAAUCCAGUUUGAAAGAAAUUUUGAUCGACAGAAAAGUCGCAUCCUGAGUCUCAGUUGGCAUCCCUCUGGUACCUACGUUGCAGCUGGCUCCAUAGACUACAUUAGUGUGUUUGAUGUCAAAUCAGGGAGUGCUAUUCGUAAGAUGGUCGUAGAUAGGCAACAUAUGAGUGUGACUAAACCGAAAUGUAUUGUGUGGGGUGUGGCCUUCUUGUCUGAUGGCACUGUAAUAAGUGUGGAUUCUGUUGGGAAAGUGCAGUUAUGGGACUCUGCUACUGGGACUCUUGUCAAGAGCCAUCUCAUCGCAAAUGCUGACGUUCAGUCCAUUGCUGUCGCUGAUCAAGAAGACAGUUUCGUGGUGGGCACGGCCGAGGGCACAAUAUUCCAUUUUCAACUGGUCUCUGUGACUUCCAACAGCAGUGAGAAGCAGUGGGUGCGGACCAAACCGUUCCAGUACCACACUCAUGACGUGCGCACGGUGGCCCACAGCCCAACGGCUCUCAUAUCUGGAGGCACUGACACCCACUUAGUCAUUCGCCCUCUCAUGGAGAAGGUGGAGGUAAAGAAUUACGAUGCUGCUCUCCGAAAAAUCACAUUCCCCCAUCGACGUCUCAUUUCAUGUUCUAAAAAGAGGCAGCUUCUCCUCUUCCAGUUUGCUCAUCACCUAGAACUUUGGCGACUGGGAUCCACAGCUGCAACAGGCAAGAAUGGGGAUACCCUUCCACUCUCUAAAAAUGCAGAUCAUUUGCUCCACCUCAAGACAAAGGGCCCCGAAAACACUAUUUGCAGCUGCCUCUCCCCAUGUGGAAGUUGGAUAGCCUAUUCUACGGCAUCUCGUUUUUUUCUCUACCGGUUGAAGUAUGAACGUGACAACAUAAGCCUCCAAAGGGUUUCAAAAAUGCCAGCAUUCCUUCGCUCUGCCGUUCAGAUUUUGUUUACUGAAGAUUCAUCAAAGCUCUUGGUGGCAUCAAAUCAAGGGUCUCUACAUAUUAUUCAGCUGGUAGAAGGAGGCUUCAAGCACCUGCAUACUUUUCAGCCUCAGUCGGGGACAGUGGAGGCCAUGUGUCUUUUGGCAGUCAGUCCAGAUGGGGAUUGGCUAGCUGCAUCAGGUACCAGUGCUGGAGUGCACGUAUACAGUCUGAAGCAUUUAAAGCUGCACUGCACCGUGCCUGCUUACAAUUUUCCAGUGACUGCUCUGGCUAUUGCUCCCAAUACCAACAACCUUGUCAUCGCUCAUUCUGAUCAGCAGAUAUUUGAGUACAACAUCCCAGACAAACAGUACACAGAGUGGAGCCGGAAUGUCCAGAAGCAGGGCUUUCACCACCUUUGGCUCCAGAGGGAUACUCCCAUCACGCACAUCAGUUUUCAUCCCAAGAGACCAAUGCACAUCCUUCUCCACGAUGCCUACAUGUUCUGUAUCAUUGAUAAGUCGUUGCCUCUUCCCAAUGACAAAACUGUACUCUACAAUCCACUUCCUCCCACAAAUGAAUCAGAUGUUUUCCGGAGGCGCACUGGCCAUGCCUUUAAAAUGUCUAAGAUAUAUAAGCCCUUACUCUUCAUGGAUCUUUUGGAUGAAAGGACGCUUGUGGCAGUAGAACGACCCCUGGAUGACAUCAUCGCCCAGCUUCCACCACCCAUCAAGAAGAAGAAAUUUGGAACCUAAAAAGGGGCACUGUGUCCUUUUUUGAACUGUCUGCCCUGUUUGUUUUCACAAAUCAUGAUAAUAAACAAAAUUAUUCUUUAGGGCUUGUCAUUA